UGCUGUCGCCACCGCAUCCGCCUCCGGCGUGUAUACCUUUGCCGUACCGCCGUCGGACUACUUAUCUUAGCGGCCGAGACACGACCAACGCAUAUUGCUGAUAUUUCCGAUACACUCAGAAACGAACCGUCCGUAGUAAACGUUCGCUUUGUAGUUGUCGGCGAUUAGUGUGUAUGAUAUUAUACGUGUGUUGACAUCGGUAAUAAUAUUAUUAUAGACUAUACUAUAGCAUAACGGAUGUGGUGUACAAGUCCUACGAAGGGUAACGCGGGUCUGUUCCCGUGAAUUCAAGACACGCGAUGUUAAACGUGUAUCAUACCAUUUUACGGAGCGGUUUAUAAUUUUACAAACUUAUCUCAUGCGUUUCUGGGAAAUGGUUGUUCAUUUCAUCUUAGUCGCGCUACUUGUAAACGUAUCCUGUCUACGGGCCUCGGACAGACGUCACAGUCGCUACGCUUCAGUCGGCGGAGGGUCUAUCAACCGUCUGGAUUCGAAUUCCACGGCGUCCAGGAAGUUUUUACAGGAGUUUUUGCAAGACAUACUGCCUCCGAUCGAGGGACCUGUGUUUGACAAGGCUGUACCAAACAACGUUACCGGAUUGGUGGGCCGCACCGCUUAUCUUCACUGUAGAGUGAAGAACUUAGGCAACAGAACCGUCUCUUGGAUUCGCCAUCGAGAUAUCCAUCUUCUUACAGCAGGCAGAUACACUUACACUAGUGACCAACGGUUCGAGGCCAUACACGAACCACAUUCAGAAAAUUGGUCUUUGCGAAUCAAGUACCCACAAAAAAAGGACUCCGGUGUGUACGAAUGCCAGAUCAGUACUACUCCACCCGUAGGACAUCCGGUCUUCUUAACUGUACUAGAACCGACUACCGAAAUCCUAGGCGGACCGGAAUUGUUCAUUGACCAGGGUAGCACGAUAAACCUUACCUGCUUGGUGCAAUUCGCUCCAGAACCACCGCCCACCGUCGGUUGGAUGCACGAGAAACAACCCAUAAAUUUCGAUUCUCCGCGUGGCGGGAUAAGCCUGGUAACGGAAAAAGGGUCGACCACUAGCAGCAGAUUAUUAAUUCAAAAGGCGUCGUCUUCAGAUACCGGCUACUACUCUUGCGAUCCGUCAAAUGCAAAUUCGGCUACCAUCAGGGUUCAUAUUUUAAACGGUGAACAUCCAGCCGCAAUGCACCACGGCCAGGGCAGCAUUCCACUAUGUCCGCCAAUCGUGAGCGCCAUGAUCGUGCCGUUUUUGCUCAUAUUCACUGCCAGAGAUCUAUAGUAACAGUUUUGACAUAAAUAAUGUUAUAUUAGGUACGUUCCGUAUUCCAUUGAUAAGGUCUAAGCUCAGCUGUUACAAUUUGAUGUGCAAUUCAUUUACAUGAUUUGCUAUGAAACGACUACCCGUAUUUAGAUGAAAUUAGUUGUUCCAAUUUUUAAAUAAAAUAGUUUUAAAUCGUAUCCUAGCUCAUUAUCAAAUACAGUCACAUUAAAAUUAAUUCUACGAACACAAAUAAACAAAAUUGUACUCAAACAAUAAAAAAAAAAUUUGUACACUAAAUAAAUAUUUUAUACCUUACAACUGCAAAUUUUGUUGAAGCAAUAACUAAUUUAAUUAUCAUAAAACGUAUGUUUUCUAACACCAAAAUAUAACAACUGAUGAAAAAUAAAAAUACAUUUUCUCUUUUUUUCCUUGUAGUUUUGCAACCUUUACAACAAAAACAAUGUUUUUAAAAAUAUUAUUAAAUGGCAGUAUUAUGAAUAAUAUCAUUUUUUUUACAACUACAUAAAAAAUUAUUAAACUUUUUUUUAAACACAACAUAACGAGAAAUUUUACCUUUCAUCGCACAAAUUUAAUACUUUUUAAAGAACACCAAUUAUUUAUCCGACUUCUUUUUAUGAUGCUAUAAAUAUUUUAUGAAUGUAAAUAAUGAAAAUACAAUU